CCGAUGGUAACAAGAAAGAAUUCCAAAAUGGGCACAUAGGUCUUUGUCCUUUUUUCAAUUUUCUUUAUUCCCAAACAGAGAAAAAGAGAGAAACACAGAGAGAGAGAGAGAGAGAUGAGUAGAAUUCCAAACCUAAGAUCUCUGCAAUCCCUUUUCCUCUUUUGCUUGAUCUCUCUGCAAUUCAUUUCAGGCUUUGCGAAUGAUUCUCCAAGUGCAAAAGAUGAAAAUAAUGCUGGGAGUCAUGGUGCUUCGGGUAGUUCUGUAGGUAUCAAGAUAGUUAUUGUAUGCCUGGGUUUGGUGGCAGUUUUUGCUUUUGCUGUGUUUUUAUUCAAGAUAUGGCAGAAGAAGAAGAGAGAAGAGCAGCAUGCUCGUCUUCUAAAGCUGUUUGAGGAUGAUGAUGAGCUUGAGGUUGAACUUGGUAUUCGGGACUGAGAUCCUUUCUCAUUCAUGUAUUGACUGUAAUCAAGAGGUGCGCCUCAUGGCUUUUGUUUUGCCUUUCAUUAGUAGCAAUCACUGCUUUGUUGAUAUAGGUUGUUUGAAACUUUAUAUUUAUAGCUUUUUCUGCAUUAUAUCUUUAUUGAAUACUGGUUUGUAGAUCUUAUACUGAUUAUACUUAUAGGUGAUCUAUUCCAAGGGAUUAUUGGUUUUUCCAAGAAA